AUGCAACAAGGUAUCAAUGAAGAUGUUGAAAAUGAUGAUUUCAAUGAUGAAAUUCAAGAGGACGGCAUAAAUAAUAAAAUUCAAGAGAACGACAUAGAUGAUGGAUUUCAAGAGGACAUUGUAGGUGACAAAUUUCAAGAGGAUGACAUAGAUCUAGAUGAUGAAUUUCAAGAGGACGACAUAGAUAUAGAUGAUGAAUUUCAAGAGGACGAAAUAGAUGGUGAAUUUCAAGAGGAAGACGUAGAUGAAGAAUUUCUGGAAGACGACAUGUGUGAUGAUUUUCAAAAGGACGAUGUGGAUGAUGAAUUUCAAGAAGACAAACUUGAAUGA